UCCGUCUAGUGCCUGCUUUUUUGUAUAUGUGGAAGUGUGAGCCUAUCUGAGAAUCACACCGUAUCGGUAACGCGUGUCGUGGCAAGAAACAAUGUCCUCUGUGGAAAAUGCAGAAAACGGCGUAGGAAAAUACUCUUAUCAGACCGUGUACUACAUCAUUACCAACAACAACAGCACCGAAGGCGAGCCGGAUCAGGUGGAAAACUUACAUGCGAUAACUGCAGCCGUCGACAGUGAACUUACACGGAAGCGUCGCAGAAUCGAAGCAAUUAAGAUGCAAGGACAAAUAUCCGGCGCAGUACAGACCCAAGGCGGCUCACCGCAGGCUGCUGCCUUAGCAGCACAGCAACAGCAGCAACAACAAAGCAUUUCGGUGAAAAUGGAUCCAGCGAAUCAGCUGUCUUCUGCUGGUCUGUUGGAGUUGGCACACCGAGAGUAUCAAGCGGUGGAUUACGAAAAUGCCGAACGCCACUGCAUGCAGCUCUGGCGCCAGGAAAGCAAUAAUACGGGAGUACUUUUGCUUCUGUCGUCGAUUCAUUUUCAGUGCAGACGGCUGGACAAAUCGGCACAAUUUUCUACACUGGCCAUCAAGCAAAAUCCUCUGCUCGCCGAAGCGUACAGCAAUCUGGGAAAUGUUUAUAAGGAACGCGGACAGCUUCAGGAAGCCCUAGAAAACUAUCGACAUGCAGUGCGUUUGAAGCCCGAUUUCAUUGACGGGUACAUCAACCUGGCCGCUGCAUUAGUUGCAGCUCGUGACAUGGAACAGGCAGUCCAAGCGUACGUCACUGCCCUGCAAUACAACCCGGAUCUGUACUGUGUGAGAAGUGAUUUGGGAAAUUUGUUGAAAGCACUUGGCCGGCUUGACGAAGCGAAGGCAUGCUAUCUGAAAGCCAUCGAAACUAGACCAGACUUUGCGGUGGCCUGGAGCAAUCUCGGAUGUGUCUUCAAUGCGCAGGGUGAGAUAUGGCUGGCGAUACAUCACUUCGAGAAGGCGGUUGCUCUCGACCCGAACUUCCUCGAUGCCUACAUCAAUCUGGGCAACGUGCUGAAGGAAGCCCGCAUCUUCGACAGAGCCGUCGCUGCAUACCUUCGUGCGCUAAAUUUGUCACCCAACAAUGCCGUUGUGCAUGGAAAUCUGGCCUGCGUAUACUACGAGCAGGGGCUUAUCGAUCUGGCCAUCGAUACAUACCGGCGUGCGAUCGACCUGCAGCCCAACUUCCCCGACGCGUACUGCAAUUUGGCGAACGCGCUGAAGGAAAAGGGACAGGUAAAGGAGGCGGAAGAAUGCUACAAUAUCGCCCUUCGCCUCUGCCCGAACCAUGCCGAUUCGCUCAACAAUCUGGCCAACAUCAAGCGCGAACAGGGCUACAUCGAGGAAGCGACACGGCUGUACCUCAAAGCGCUCGAGGUGUUCCCGGAGUUUGCGGCCGCACACUCGAACCUGGCGUCGGUGCUGCAACAGCAGGGCAAGCUGAACGAAGCACUGCUACACUACAAGGAAGCGAUCCGCAUCCAGCCAACGUUUGCCGAUGCGUACUCCAAUAUGGGCAACACGCUGAAGGAGAUGCAGGAUGUGGCCGGUGCACUGCAGUGCUAUACGCGCGCUAUCCAAAUAAAUCCCGCGUUCGCUGAUGCGCACAGCAAUUUGGCGAGUAUUCACAAGGAUUCGGGUAACAUCCCGGAGGCGAUACAGUCGUACCGGACGGCACUGAAGUUGAAGCCCGAUUUCCCGGACGCGUACUGCAAUCUUGCCCACUGUUUGCAGAUCGUUUGCGACUGGACGGACUAUGAGGCGCGUAUGAAGAAGCUGGUAGCGAUCGUUGCCGACCAGUUGGAUAAGAAUCGGCUACCGUCGGUACAUCCGCAUCAUUCGAUGCUUUAUCCGUUGUCACACGAGUUCCGCAAGACGAUCGCUGCACGGCAUGCAAAUCUGUGUCUGGAGAAGAUAAACGUACUGCACAAGCCACCGUACAAGUUCGUUCGUGAGCUGAAUGGAAGGUUGCGUAUCGGAUACGUAAGCAGCGAUUUCGGUAACCAUCCCACGUCACAUCUGAUGCAGUCCAUUCCUGGAUUGCACGAGCGCAACCGGGUGGAGAUCUUCUGCUAUGCGCUUAGCCCCGACGAUGGUACGACGUUCCGUGGCAAAAUAAGCCGUGAAACGGAACACUUUAUCGAUCUAUCGCAAACGCCCUGCAAUGGUAAGGCCGCAGAUCGAAUCCACGCCGAUGGUAUCCACAUUUUGGUGAACAUGAAUGGCUAUACGAAGGGAGCGCGGAAUGAAAUCUUCGCCCUACGGCCCGCUCCGGUGCAGGUGAUGUGGCUCGGCUACCCGGGUACGUCGGGUGCAUCGUUCAUGGAUUAUAUCAUUACGGAUGCGGUCACAUCACCAUUGGCGCUGGAAGCACAGUACAGCGAAAAAUUAGCCUACAUGCCGCACACAUACUUCAUUGGCGAUCAUCGGCAGAUGUUCCCACAUCUGAAGGAACGGGUAAUUGUAAGCAAUAAAACGCAAAGCAAUUCCCUUGCAGACAACGUAGCCGUGAUCAAUGCGACCGAUCUAUCGCCACUGGUCGAAAGCACCGAUGUGAAAACGGUUCGAGAGGUGGUGCUUGCCAACAAGCCGGUCGAAAUUCAGCACAAAGUGGCCGAACUACCAACGACAACGCCGAUCGAGACGAUGAUCGCAUCCGGUCAGGUGCAAACCUCGCUGAAUGGCGUGGUGGUACAGAACGGUCUAGCGACAACGCAAACAAACAACAAGGCCGCAACCGGUGAGGAAGUGCCACAGAAUAUUGUCGUUACGACCAGGCAACAGUACGGUUUGCCGGACGAUGCGAUUGUAUAUUGUAACUUCAAUCAGCUGUACAAGAUCGAUCCACUGACCUUGCAGUCUUGGGUUACGAUUUUGAAACACGUUCCCAACUCUGUGCUCUGGUUGCUACGGUUCCCGGCGGUCGGCGAGGCUAACAUUCAAGCGACCGCCCAGCAGCUGGGUAUUUCUGCGGGACGUAUCAUCUUCUCGAAUGUUGCCGCCAAGGAGGAACAUGUACGCCGUGGCCAGCUGGCGGAUGUUUGUCUGGAUACGCCCCUCUGCAAUGGACACACGACAUCGAUGGAUGUGCUUUGGACGGGAACGCCCGUAGUAACGCUUCCAGCUGAAACAUUGGCAUCAAGAGUUGCCGCAUCGCAGCUGGCAACACUCGGCUGCCCGGAACUGAUUGCCGAAUCCCGUCAGGAGUAUCAGGACAUCGCAAUCAAGCUCGGCACCGACAGAGAGUAUCUGAAAGCGAUCCGCGCCAAAGUGUGGGUAGCUCGCUGUGAUAGUCCACUGUUCGAUUGCAAGCAGUAUGCACAGGGUUUGGAAACGCUUUUCUAUAAAAUGUGGGAACGAUUUGCACGUGGCGAACGACCCGAUCAUAUUGCCGCGAAAGAGAAGUAAAUUUACUGGGGGAUAGGAUAGGAGCGCAACCUUCGCUGGUUGACAAAAGAAGAUUUGAGGAUAUACUUUCCAUGCUUUGUUUUCAAUUAUAAUGUUUUUAAAAGCAUUUCGCUCCCAAUAGUGGGCUGAAAUACUGGUGUACUUUCUGAGUGUGCGUUUGUGGUAAUUUAGUAAAAUGGAGUUUGUUGUUAAUUUUUUAAGAAUUUCCUACGUUAGGGAUGCAUACGGUGAGAGCUAUGACAGGUUUAAUUUUUUUCAUAACUAAACUUUAAUUGUGUGCUUUUUUUUCAUCUCUAUUCUUCACAUCGGCGGAAUAUUUCGAUGCCUCGUAACAAACUCUUUAAAAAUGAUCCCUUUUGUUUAGAUUAAUUAAAAAGGUUGCACGAUUUACUUAAUUUCAAUUGAAGAUAAACCGUUUUUGCGUUAUUUCGUGCGAGCAAACAAUGUACAUAGUAAUUUGACAACGUUUCAAGUUUAUCUAGUGCCGUUUGAAUUAAAACAGGAAACCUUAUUCCCCUUUACGCAAGACACCGCUCUAUCGUCUUACACCGUAUGGGAACGCAAGGGAAAUCAUCAAGGGAAAGCAAAAACUUCUUCUGGGAGGAUUCAAACGCAUUUUCCCUUCUUCACACGUACAACAACCAAACACUUUCCAUCUGUUUACCGAAAUUUUCUCUUAACUUGUAUAUAACUUGCAAAUGACGGUACAUUUUGUGGAAUAUUCGAACCUCUAGUAGCACUAAGUGUAAGUUAUUAGCGUAAACAUUGGUCGAAUUAUAUUAUCUCGACUCAUCUGCGAUCUACUAGAUAAGAAUUUUGAAUGAAUGUUACGAUUAAAGGAAAAAAAGUUUACAAUUA